AAAACUAAAGGCUAUCACUUAUAAAGAAAAAUUAAAGCUUCAUUCAAUAUUUUGAAAAUUAAUUAUUGCUUAUUUUGGAUCUAAUCAAUAAUGGCUCAAGAGGAGUUUGCUUUGCCAUUGGAAGAAGAAGAAGGAAGAAGCUUUGAUGAACAAACUUCUUCUUCUUCCUCUUUUCUCUCAAGGUUUCUUAUUUACAUUGGUGCUCAUGAACUUUUCUCACAAGAGAUGUGGAAAGCAGCAAUGACAGAAUUAGUAGCGACUGCCCUUCUAAUAUUUUGCUUAACAACUUCCAUCGUCUCAUGCUUGAAUUCACACCAAUCAGAUCCAAAGCUCUUAAUCCCAUUCGCCGUUUUCAUCAUCCUCUUCCUCUUCCUCGUCGUCACUUUCCCCCUUUCCGGCGGCUUCCUCAGCCCCAUCUUCGCCUUCAUCGCCGCCCUCCACGGCGUCAUUACCUUCACGCGUGCCACCGUCUACAUUCUCGCCCAAUGCCUUGCCUCCAUUCUCGCCUUUCUCAUGAUCAAAGAUGCAAUGAGUCCCGAUGUAGCUGACAAAUACUCUCUCGGAGGCUGCACCAUCCGUGGCACCGGCGAAACUCCCGGCCUCAGCGUCACCACCGCUCUCAUCCUUGAAUUCGCUUGCACAUUCGUCGUUCUCUACGUCGGAGUCACGGUGGUGCUCGACCAGAAGAUGAGCGAGCGGUUUGGUUUGCCAAUGGUGUGUGGGAUGAUUGCGGCGAGUUCGGCGGUGGCAGUUUUUGUGUCGACGACGAUCACGGGGCGGGCGGGGUACGGUGGGGUGGGGCUGAGUCCAGCGAGGUGUUUGGGGCCGGCGGUGUUGAGAGGGGGGCUAUUGUGGGAGGGGCAUUGGGUGUUUUGGGUGGGGCCGUUUGCGGCCUGUGUGGUUUAUUAUGGAUUUUCGAAGAAUUUGCCGAAUGGGGUGUUGGUUGGAGCGAAAGGAGAGAUUGGGAUUUUGAAGAUGGUCGGAGGUUGUUGGCGGCGGCGGCGGCGCCAAAAGUUGAGGGAAAAUGUUGAUCAACUUUGAAAUUGAAUGGGAAAUGUUUUAGUGAUGUGCAUUUUGACUAGAGCACAGCUAGUUUUGUUUUCGAAGAUGAUUUGUUUUCUAAAUUAAGUUACUUCAAGAUAUAUUU